CCUGCAGGCCGUGGAUUCCUGGAGUGGUUGGCCCCCUCGCCUUGUGAUCUGAGCAGAGAUGAAAGAAUCCCAAGCAAGUGAAGACAACGUACCCCGUGACCCUCUGAAUGAACAAUGCUAGUCUUCACUUGGCAAAGAGAAGUAACAUCCCGGCUGCUUUUGAUAUCAGUCAGGAAAUUGCUUGAAGCUUGGCGGCGUGACAAGAGCAGCGAAGAUCAGAUAAGAGUAAUCGAGACUGAACCACCACCAGGAUGCUGCAAGUGGUGGUCAUGCUUAGACGAGGCGAUAAGGGUGUUUCGCAAGGCCUCGGAUCCAUCACGUACGAGGGAGUCACCGUGUCUCGGAGCAGGACACCAGCUCUGCCGCCUGAAGGUGACGGACGGACAGCAUUUUGAAAGGUUCACACACCACCACUACCACCAUCAACAUGCCCAGAAAGGCCCAUUACCGCACCACCACCAGAUACUCGCCAAGUUCCUGAGUCGCCGCAUGUCACUCUUGCUGACUUACCUCGUCUCUGGCUUGGUGUAA